GGUACUCAUAAUGCGCCGCCCACGGGAUCCCAUUCAUCAUGUUGAGUCGUUCACUCUACAUGGUCUACGACGACGAACAACACCCUCCUUAACUACGCCUCUUCUCUGUUGUCGUUGUACAUACAUACUACGCUGUAUAGUAGUAUAGCCAUCAACAAGCCUGUUAGAGGCGUCGUCCCGUGCUCUGUGUCCGAAGAUGUCGUCCAAGUCCGAGGUGGCUCCGGACGUCAACCCGGUGACGCAGAUCGACACUUCUCCCGACCACGAGGAUGAUACCUUAUCCGACACAUCCUCGUCCGUGUCGUCGGAUGAGGAUCAGGAGCGUCAGUCACUGUCUCGCAUCGCUUCCAGUAGACUGGGCCAAGUCCUCUCGGCUACUCAUGCGAAACAUGACCCCCAACUCGACCCCAAUAGUCCCGAAUUCAACCACCGUCGUUGGGCUCAGUUCGUUCUGAGGCGGAUGCACGAAUGCGGCAUUGAGCCACCACAGCAAGGUGUCGUCUUCAAGGAUCUUCAGGUCUCUGGGUCAGGAUCGGCGCUGCAGUAUCAGGAGACGGUACUUUCCACAUUCGCCAUCCCUUUCCGCACGGCUUCCCGAGCGAUCGCAGGACAAAAGAGUGUCCCUCGCCGUCAGAUUUUGCGCGGCUUUGAUGGUCUCCUCGAGGGUGGGGAGCUUUUACUCGUCCUGGGUCGACCAGGAAGCGGAUGUUCCACUCUGCUAAAGACGAUAUGUGGUCGUAUGGGGGGACUGACCCUCGAACCGGCAAGCACGAUCCACUACAAUGGCGUCGGGUAUGAGGAUAUGAUUAAACACCACCGGGGAGAAAUUGCCUACAAUAAGGAGGUUGACGAGCAUUUUCCACACCUCACUGUGGGCCAAACCCUCUCAUUCGCCGCCCAUGCCCGUGCGCCUCGACGACGGAUCGAGGGUAUGACUCGCAGGGAUUUUGCGGAUACCAUGACCAAGGUGGUGAUGUCAGUGUACGGCCUCUCACACACGGUCAACACCAAGGUCGGGGAUAACUUCAUCCGCGGAGUCAGUGGGGGGGAACGCAAACGGGUCAGUAUCGCCGAGAUGUUCCUGUCGAACUGUCGGAUAGGUGCUUGGGAUAACAGCACCAGAGGCCUAGAUGCCGCAUCAGCCCUGAAGUUUGUGAGAGCGUUGCGCCUGUCCGCCGAUAUGAGUAACUCCUGCCAUGCUGUGGCUGCCUACCAGGCUUCCCAGUCAAUGUACGACCUCUUUGAAAAGGUCGUGGUCCUCUACGAGGGGUAUGAGAUUUAUUUUGGGCCGUGUGACGCGGCAGUCGAAUACUUCCAGCGGAUGGGCUGGGAACGACCGGAGCAGCAGGUGAGCCCGGACUUUUUAACCGCCAUUACCAACCCCCAGGAACGAAGGGCCCGGCCGGGCAUGGAGGACAAGGUGCCUCGGAGUGCGAAGGAAUUCUCGGAGUAUUGGAAGCGCAGCUUGGAAUAUCAGAAGCUUCGCACGGAAAUUGGCAACUAUGUGCAGGAACACGCUCCGAAUGGUGAAGCCGCUCAAAUCCUGCGGCAAGUCCACGAGGAAAAGCAAGCCCGCCAUACACGGGCGAACAGUCCAUAUCUCCUGUCGAUCCCGAUGCAGAUACGACUCUGUGUCCGGCGGGCCUAUCAGCGUCUGCGCAACGAUUUGCCCACAGCGAUGUCGACAGUUGUUGUCCAGACCAUCCUAUCCCUGAUCAUUGGAUCCGUCUUCUACAACUCGCCCAAUUCCAGCAAUGCCUUCUUUCAGAAAGGCGCUGUCCUAUAUUUCUCGGUGCUUAUGAACGCUUUGAUCACUAUUGGUGAAAUUAUGCAACUGUACGCCCAGCGGCCCAUCGUGGAAAAGCAGGCGGCCUAUGCCUUUGUGCAUCCAUUUACCGAAGCCUUGGCGAGUGCCCUGGUUGAUCUGCCGAUCAAAGUCCUUCGCUGUUCCGUGUUCAGUAUCAUCCUUUACUUCUUAGCCAACCUACGCCGGGAGCCGUCUCAGUUCUUCAUCUUCUACCUACUUCUGAUAUGCACCGUUCUCACCAUGUCAGGAAUGUUUCGCAGCUUGGCUUCUUUGACCCAGACCGUGGGGCAGGCCAUGGCGCUUGCCGGUAUCCUGGUUCUAUGUAUUGUAGUCUACACGGGAUUCACGUUGCCACAGCCCUAUAUGCAUCCAUGGCUCUCCUGGAUCCGCUGGAUUAACCCUGUUUACUAUGCAUUUGAGGCUCUCGUUUCCAAUGAAUUCCAUGGCCGGGAUUUCGAAUGUGCUUCAUACAUCCCGUCUUAUGGCACUGGCACAUCUUUUAUUUGCUCGGUCGUCGGUGCAGUUGCUGGUGAACGGUUUGUCUCUGGGGACGCCUUCAUUGAGCAGAACUACCAAUAUUCCUAUUCGCACUUGUGGCGAAACUUUGGCAUCCUGAUCGCAUUCCUGAUCUUCUUCCACGUACUUUACCUCACUGCAACGGAAUUUAUAUCGGCAGACAAGUCUAAAGCAGAAGCAUUGGUAUUUCGGCCUGGCCAUGCUCCUAGCUACUUGCAAGACGGCGACGGUAUUGAGGUGGAGAAGACAAACCCUACAGCGGAGGUCAGGGCUGACGCAGAUUCUAUCCGCCUUCCCGAGCAGAAGGAUAUCUUGUCCUGGAAAUCAGUUUGCUAUGACAUUCCGGUCAAGGAUGGAACCCGGCGUCUGCUCGAUGACGUGAAUGGAUGGGUCAAGCCUGGGACGUUGACAGCUUUGAUGGGGGUUUCUGGUGCUGGAAAGACUACUCUGCUGGAUGUACUUGCCCAGCGAGUGUCGAUUGGCGUCGUGACAGGAGAUAUCUUUGUGAAUGGAAAGGGCUUAGCCGCGAAUUUUCCUCGUCGAACCGGUUAUGUCCAACAACAGGAUCUUCAUCUUGAGACCACUACGGUGCGGGAGGCUCUCCGCUUUAGUGCUAUGCUUCGUCAACCUCGAUCGGUGUCUCAGCAGGAAAAGUAUGAUUAUGUCGAGCAGGUAAUUCAAGUCUUGGGAAUGGAGGACUAUGCUGAGGCAGUCGUUGGUAGACUAGGUGAAGGGUUGAAUGUGGAGCAGCGAAAGCUUUUGAGUAUCGGGGUGGAGCUCGCUGCUAAGCCAACCCUUUUGGUCUUCCUCGAUGAGCCCACCAGUGGCUUAGACUCUCAGAGCUCAUGGACGAUCUGCGCGUUUCUCAAGAAACUUGCCAACCAAGGCCAGGCGGUACUGGCAACGAUCCACCAACCUAGUGCCAUGUUAUUCCAAACCUUUGACCGCUUGUUGUUCCUAGCGAAAGGGGGAAGGACAGUCUAUUUCGGUGAUAUUGGCAAGGACUCCCGCAUUCUGCUAAACUAUUUCGAGCGAAACGGCGGCCGAAUCUGCAAGGAGCAUGAAAACCCAGCGGAGUAUAUCCUUGAAACAGUUUCUGGUGAUGUGGAUAAGAACGCACCAGACUGGGUGAAAGUGUGGAACGAUAGCCCUGAGCAUAAAGACGUACUUGAGGAGCUCGAUCGAUUGCAUUCCACCGGAGGAAGUGAUUCCGCAUCUUCUACCGAUGAUGCAGGGAGUAACGAUGAAUUCGCAAUGCCAUUACACAGUCAGCUCUAUCAUGUCCUUCGCCGUGUGUUUCAGCAAUACUUGAGACAACCGGAGUAUAUUUUCUCCAAAUUUAUUCUGGGCAUUGUGUCCGGCCUUUUCAUUGGGUUUUCCUUCUGGCAGACUGACAACACGCAGCAAGGUUUCCAGAACUCUCUGUUCAGUAUUUUCUUGUUGUGUACGAUAUUUAACACUUUGGUGAACCAGAUCAUGCCGAAGUUCGUUGCCCAGCGUGCCCUCUAUGAAGUCCGUGAGCGACCGUCCCGAGUCUACUCCUGGAAGGUCUUCAUCCUCUCUCAAAUGAUUGUCGAAAUCCCCUUCCAAUUUGGACUCGGCGUUUGCUCGUGGGCCUCAUUCUACUGGUCUGUCUUUGGCGCCAACCAAGAUUCCGAGCGCCGUGCUCUGAUCAUGCUCUUUAUUGUGCAGUUCUUCAUCUAUAGCGCGAGCAUGGCUCAAUUCGUGGUAUGUGCGGUCGGGGAGCCGGCACUGGCCUCCAUGAUUGCCACACUGAUGUUUGGUCUCUCGUUCGUCUUCAGUGGUGUCAUGCAGCCACCCCCUGCCCUCCCCGGAUUCUGGAUCUUCAUGUACCGCGUGUCCCCAUUUACAUACUAUAUCGGAGGCAUUGGAAGCACAGCCCUGCAUGGCCGUCCCGUGCAAUGUAGCUCGACGGAACUCAGUGUUUUCGAUCCGCCCGACGGCCAAACCUGCGGUGACUAUAUGAGCAAAUACCUCGAUUUAGCCGGCGGCCAGUUGUAUAAUAAGAACGCAACGUCUGGUUGCGAGUACUGCGCCAUGGACUCCGCGGACCAAUACCUUGCCCAGCGGUGGAUCUACUGGGAAGAUCGCUGGAGAAACUACGGCAUUUUCUGGGCGUAUUUUGUGUUUAACAUCCUUGGGGCAAUCACUCUCUAUUAUCUAUUUAGGGUACGGAAGAUCAGCCUAAAGAAAUCUUGAGGCCGCCCGUCAUGAUACCCAUCCUUGCUUUGCUUCUACUAUAUAAUAAGGGGCGCCAAAUUACACCGUGUGGUGUUUCGAUGUGUGGUCUGUGACUCUAUUUUUGGGUCAGGUGGUGCGAGUUAAGCG